GGCGGCCGGUCCGGAGUGCGCCUGCGCGCCGCGGCCCGGAGUGCAGUGAAAUUCCUGGCGGGCGGGGGGAGGAGGAGGAGGGCGGCACGGAGCCACGGAGCCACGGCCGCGCGCCCCUGCCAGGGACCCUGCGUGCUGUGGCGGCGGCCGGCGCGGAGCCAGACCCCUGGGGGGCGCGGUGCGGGCGAGCUGAGGGCCACUCGCCGCCGCCUCGGGCUCUCGCAACACCAGGAGCUGCGCCGUCCCCGCCGCCGCUGGGACUCCCUCCCCGGGCAGACAGGGGGAGAAUGACGGAGCUCCAGUCCGCCUUGCUACUGCGGAGACAACUAGCAGAGCUCAACAAAAAUCCAGUGGAAGGCUUUUCAGCGGGCUUAAUAGAUGACAAUGAUCUUUCUCGAUGGGAAGUCCUUAUUAUUGGUCCUCCAGAUACACUAUAUGAAGGUGGUGUUUUCAAGGCUCAUCUUACUUUUCCAAAAGCCUAUCCACUGAGGCCGCCAAAAAUGAAAUUCAUCACGGAAAUCUGGCAUCCGAAGGUUGACAAGAAUGGCGAUGUCUGCAUUUCAGUUCUUCAUGAGCCUGGAGAAGACAAAUAUGGCUAUGAAAAACCUGAGGAACGCUGGCUUCCCAUUCACACAGUGGAAACUCUAAUGAUUGGUGUUAUUUCUAUGCUGGCAGAUCCCAAUGGUGAUUCUCCUGCUAAUGUUGAUGCAGCGAUCCAGGAAUACUUGCCUGAGAAGAAAAGAAGAAAACAGAGCCGGUGGAAGAGAAAAAAACAAAACGUCAAACCGUGCCAGCACCCAAAGUGAAAACUGAAAGAGAAAAGGAGACACAGAAGAGCCAGGAAUCCAGUUCCUCUGAGCAAUCACCAGUCUUCUCCCUGACUGGCUGGGAGAUGGGGGAGUCCAGCAGCAACUUCAUGGAGAUGAUGAUGGACGAUUGAGAAGAUGCUGGGGAAGAGCCACCCACAGUCCAUGAGGAAGACCCUGUUCCUCCUAAGCGGUAGUGUACCAGGUCCAGCCAAGGCCUGGGGCAGUGGGAUGGUGGUGUAUCACAGGUGGUGGGUCACAGAAGCCAACCCCUGGGGCAUGGGCUGCAUGGAAGGCCUGGGAAUUUCUCCUGCCAUGGGAAUGAGCUGGGUUAGAGUCCAAUGGCAGGGGCCAAAGCAGGUGCCUAAACUCCUCCUGCCUCAAAUGGGUCUCCGUAUGUGUGGGGCUGGAUGAGGGAAGAGGCAGCAGCAUCACUGCUGAAGGGCCAGAGGGACUUUGUCUUUGCUGUUGCAGAAGCCUUUCCCCACGGACACACCGGGCCCUGCAGGAGGUGGUGACGUGCAUUCUGAGGCAGGUCGCCCGCAAGCGCAGGGGGCAGAGGGAUGAGCAGGCAGAUCUGCAGGACAAGCUCAAGUGGGAGCUGGCAGUGCUGCAGUGGCAUCGCUCGGGGAGAGAGGCACGCAGCAGCCAGCUGUGGGAAGCUGGAGCCCAACCUGCACCCAGUGCUUGGCCAGGGAAGAGGAGGGCAGGAGCGGUACGUGACAUGGGUUUGUGGAGGGACUCUGGCGUAUCCACCUGUAGAAAAGCACAGCCUUCGCUCUUGUCACCUCCAGAAACACCCAAGGAUUUGAUCUGGAGGUGUUUCAAUGGCAAUGGCCCUGCCAGGCUUAGGCAGUAUAGGAAGCAGCUAGGUUGCUUUCAGCCCCAUGGUCACUUGGCUCGGGGAUCAUUGCAGAAAGACUCUGCACUCAGGCCUCUGAGGACUAGACCUACUAGACAGCAGUUCUGCUGAGAAGGAUCUGGGAGUAUUGGUGGAUGACAAGUUGACCAUGAGCCGCAGUGUGCCCUUGCAGCCAGGAAGGCCAGUAGUAUCCUGGGGUGUAUUGGGAGGAGUGUGGCCAGCAGGUCAAGGAAGGUGAUCCUCCUCCCUUUACUCGACCCUGAUGUGGCCGCAUCUGGAGCCCUGUGCCCAGUUCUGGGCUCCACAUUACAAGACAGACAAGGAGCUACUGGAGAGUGUCCAGCAGAGGGCCACAAAGACGGUUAUAGGUCUGGAGCAUCUCUCUUCUGAGAACAGAUUGCGGGAGCUGGGCCUGUUUAGUUUGGAGAAAAGAAGGCUGAGAGCGGAUCUCGUUACUUCAUACCAACAUGUCAAACGUGGGUGUCAGGAGGAUGGUGCCAGACUCUUUUCAGUGGUGGCCAGCAACAGGACAAGGAGCAAUGGCCAUAAACUAAACCACAAGAAGUUUCACCUCAACAUGAGGAAGCACUUUCUGUUUGAGUGUGGCAGAGCACUGAACAGGCUGCCCAGGAGGGGCUGGAAUCUCCCUCUCUAGAGACAUUCAAACCCCACGUGGUUGCGUUGCUGUGCGACCUGCUGUGGGUGGCCCUGCCUUGGCGGGGGGUUGGACUGGGUGAUCUCCAGAGGUCCCUUCCUACCCUGAUGAUUCUGUGAUUUUGUGAGUGCAAGCAAAGCAGGGCUGACAGAGAGGCUGAAAAGAAGGGGCAGGAGGGAGGGGGAGAGCUAAAAUAUCGCCAGCCCUCUGCCGGGGAGACUAACAGCGCUUGCUGCUGCAUUGCCAUGGCCCUGCAGGCACAGGUCUGCGUGUGCACGGAGGAGGAGGAGAAACGCAAGCUCUGGGACUCGUUGCGCAAGAAGUGCCAGAAGGCAAGGGCGAAAGUGGCAACCCCGAAGGCUUGGAAAGAAAAGCGAGAGCAAUGGGAGGUCCAGGUACUGGAGGCAAUGAAAAAUAAUUAGGAAGAGAGCAUUCUUCUCCUCCAGGGAGCCAAGGUGGGAAGGUCCCUAAGGCAUAGGUGCAUGGGGGCUGACUGUCCUGUGUGGGACUGUAUUAGCUCAAGGCACCUUCCCUAUUGCCCAGCGACAUCUCUUCUGCUCACCUCUCUGUCUGUGCAGGGUCCUGCAUUCGUGGCAUUCCCAAGUGGUGGAGAGACACCAGGAGAGGAUGAGGAGAGCCCAGAGGACAAGC